AUGCCUUCACGCCACCGGCCGGCAAUUUCAGACACGCUGGCCCAGGUGUGUCAGGAAUGCAUCAACUAUGUGAACACCGACGCCUGCUUGUGUUCCGCCCACUUAGACGCUGCCAAACAAAUCAAUGCCCCUCCAAAUGACAGUAGUCAGGACACCAGCCUCCGCAGAUAUGAAAGAGACCACUGCGACCGUAAACUCCCCCUUCUCCCAACAUCCCCUUUCCCUCCCCUGCCCCUCUUCCAAGCGACAUACCACACCCAGACACACCCCAUCACACUCCAAUCAGACAUACCGCACCCAGACACACCACCCCAGGCUGACGCACCCCUGCCAGACACAUUCCAGCCUGCCACACAAUACCUAGAUUCACCCCAGCUUGCUACACCCCAGCCAGACAGCCCGCUUCACCACACUCGGACACACCUCAAUACGCACCAUUAUACAACUGCCUUACCCUGCCCUGUCCUGAUGCACCACAUACAAACACACCCAUACCAAACCUCAUUACAUUCUUCCUUACCCUGCCCUACCCUGCCCUACCCUGCCAUCCCCUGCCAUCCCUCAGUCCAACCCCUGCCAGAACCUCUCCCUACCACACCAAUACCCUAUUCUACCUCAUUCAUCCCUACACAUCCUAAUCCAAACCACACCCACCCAAUCCCUACCACACACUCCUGCCCAGCCCCGCCCCAGGCCAGCCUCUCCAGCAAACUAGAGCCCCAUAAUCACGGUCCCUCAUAA